CCAAACAUGGAGUGUGAAAUGGGAGGAGGUGUGACAUAAACGUGGUAGGAGGGGCCCAGUUGGCCCUUCAAAAGCCUUUUUCGCUCACCCCCUGGACCCCACUCGGCCCACCUCCCUCCGGAACUCCGCAACAUGGGACUCACACAGGACCCCGUUUUCCAGAGGCUGCAGCAAUGGUACUCAGCGCACGCCUUGAACCUCAACAUGAGACACAUGUUUGAUGACGACAAUGAGAGGUUCCACAAAUUCAGCCUAAAAAUGCAGACCGAAGACGGGGACAUCCUGCUGGACUAUUCCAAGAACCUCAUAACCGAUGAAGUCAUGAAGAUGCUGAUCGAUUUGGCCAAGUCAAGAGGUAUGGAUGCAGCCAGAGAGACCAUGUUCACCGGAGACAAGAUCAACUUUACUGAGGGUCGUGCUGUGCUCCACGUGGCACUGCGGAACCGUUCCAACACUCCGAUCAUGGUGGACGGUAAAAAUGUGAUGCCGGACGUUAAUAAAGUUCUGGACAAGAUGAAGAACUUCUGUCACAGGGUUCGUAGCGGUCAGUGGAAAGGCUACACGGGGAAGAGCAUCACGGACGUUGUUAAUAUCGGAAUAGGAGGAUCAGAUCUUGGCCCCUUGAUGGUGACAGAAGCCCUGAAACCAUACUCCAAAAAUGGGCCCGCCGUGUGGUUUGUGUCCAAUAUCGACGGGACGCACAUCGCCAAGACACUCGCGCAACUCAACGCCGAGACUACGCUCUUUAUCAUCGCUUCUAAGACGUUCACCACACAAGAGACCAUCACUAACGCCGAGUCAGCCAAAGCAUGGUUCCUAGAGCACGCCAAAGACAAAGGUGCUGUGGCCAAACACUUUGUCGCCCUGUCCACAAAUGGCCCCAAAGUGAAGGACUUCGGUAUCGACACAGAGAACAUGUUUGAGUUCUGGGACUGGGUUGGGGGACGCUUCUCCCUGUGGUCAGCGAUUGGAAUGGCCAUCGCUUUGCACAUUGGCUUUGACAACUUUGAGAAGCUUCUGGCAGGCGCCCACUGGAUGGACAAGCACUUCCGCACAGCUCCACUGGACAAAAACGCUCCCGUUCUGCUGGCUAUGUUGGGCAUUUGGUACAUCAACUUCUUCCACACAGAGACCCACGCCAUGCUGCCUUACGACCAGUACAUGCACCGUUUUGCUGCUUACUUCCAGCAGGGCGACAUGGAGUCCAACGGCAAGUACGUCACCAAACAUGGCGCACGUGUAAAUUAUCACACCGGACCGAUUGUGUGGGGCGAGCCUGGCACAAAUGGCCAACAUGCCUUCUACCAGCUUAUCCAUCAAGGAACGCGCAUGGUGCCGUCCGAUUUCCUCAUCCCGGCCCAGUCCCAGCACCCUGUCAGGGACAACCUACAUCACAAGAUCCUGGUAGCCAACUUCCUGGCACAGACUGAGGCCCUCAUGAGGGGAAAGACCACCGAGGAGGCCAGGAAGGAGUUGGAAGCCAGCGGGCUGACUGGAGAAUCUUUGGAGAAGAUUCUGCCACACAAAGUGUUCCAAGGAAACCGACCCACCAAUUCCAUUAUUUUCAAGAAACUGACCCCUUACAUGCUUGGUGCCCUCAUAGCCAUGUAUGAGCACAAGAUCUUCAUCCAGGGUUUGAUGUGGGAGAUUAACAGCUUUGACCAGUGGGGGGUGGAACUGGGGAAGCAACUGGCAAAGAAGAUCGAGCCGGAGCUCCGGGAUGCUGCCGAGGUCCAUUCCCAUGACGCGUCCACCAAUGGGCUCAUCAACUUCCUCAAAAAGAAUUUCGCCUGAGCUUCUUGCUCUCGUCGGGAUUCUAUCAUUAUUAAUACCAAUUUCCACAAUAUGCACUGUGCACGUUUGUACCAUGUAUUAAAAGAAUGAUUUAAUUAACGUUGCCAAAGAGGCAUGGUAUGCAGUUGCGUUGUUUUUGCAUGCAUGGUCACAAAUCAUCACAAAUCAAAUUGUUUUUCAUGAAAUAACAAAGUGAAAAAUGAAUUGACAGUUGCACAUCUGUACCAACUGCAUUUUAAUCCAUAUACCCUUACAUGGUUACCCAUGCCUGCCAAAAAACCUCACAUUUCUACGCUGCAGCUUAUACUCAGGGGUUACAGUGGGACGGAACAGUCCGGUACCCUCAAUGCGGUGUAAAAUUCGGGGGCGGAACAGUGCUUUGAUCCUGAAAAUAUGACGGCAACUGUCAAACCUCCAUGUUAAAAAAAACACUGCCAGGCUGCCACACACGCAUCUCUAUGAAGAAAAUGAUCUAAAGUCAGAUUUACAUACACAAGUGUUAACAACAAGCCUAAUAAAGUGCUUGUGUAGCGUCAUCCGUUUCCCCCUAUAUUUGAUAUUUAUUCCAUGGAGUUCCACUGAAUUUUCCCAGCGUGUGUAUCUGAGUCCGACGAGACAGUCGACUCGCGUCGAUGUGCGCAUCCACACAGCAAACCACUAAGGGUGUAACGGUACAUGUAUUUGCAUUGAACCGUUUCGGUACGUGAUGCUCGGUUUGGAACGGAGGCGUACCGAACGAGUUUCGGACAUAAUGUAACCCUUACUUUUCGAGGCUGUGAGUCAAUUGGGUUACAGUUUCUUUGUGUAGAUUACAUUUACUCCGUCUUCUCUACUAUAAUGAGGACCAACACGGUAGGACAGUAUAACCCAGGAACGUCAACGGCGCGACAACGUGGCCGCCGCGAGAAUGCAGUAAAACGCGGGCGUUAGAGUCACUCAGCCAAUGCACACCAGUCGCAGUGCGGCCGUGUGUUAGACGCAUCCCAGAAGCGGCUCAACACGACGCACGCGAAAAGAACGGCAGAGUUUAUUAUUUGACGCGAACCUCCUGCGUCAAUACUACUACCGGUAGCUAGGAUCGGGCAGACUGGAAGUCACACGUGUAAAAAUACGGUGGAUCCGGUCGAUUUUCAAACUAAUAUGCAAUCGUAACCCACUUUUUGAGUCCAUUAGAUCUCUUGAGUGGAAGAUCGGGGCACAGUUGACUUGUCUUUGUUGAUUUACUGCUGUCUUCUCUGCUAUAAUAAUAACCAACACGGCCCUGUGUUCAAUACAAAACCCUUCUACCACAACAAAACAAGCAGGAACUAAUAUUCACAAAGGAACUAAAGUUAUACAACAUAAAAUAUACAAUAUAAAUGAAUACUACAUCACAUUUGUAAAAUAUAAACACAUAAUAACAUAAAUAAUAGCCCAUUUAAAUUAAAUAAAUUGAAAUGAGCUAAAAGAGCUGUAAUUAAAUAAUAAGAAUAAUACACAGAUCCUGCUUACACAAUUAAAUUUAUUAAUUUCUCUGUGGCGCUUUAACUUGGGAAAAUCCACCAAUAAAGCUUUUGAAAACCGUUCAUAUGAAAAAUGAUUCAUUGAGGCAUUUCAUUUGUAAAAUACAUGUUAAAAUCUUUGUCAAUGGGAUUGCUUUUCUCUUUAGCACAGGACUUCUUUUUUCUUCUUUCUUUCAGAAAGAAAGCUGACCAAUACGCGGGGUCUGAAAGGCAAAUUGUUGUUGGAUUAUCUUUAAAUACCCGCUACUAGUUUUGUAUAGGCUAAUGUUCCUAUUGUUGGAAGCACAAAGGUGUGUAAUAAACAACUAGCACAUUUAUAUUUUGCAUUUUGUUUUCUUACUGUACCGAAAAUUAAACGAACCGUGACCUCAAAACCGAGGUACGUACCGAACUGAGAUUUUUGUGUACCGUUACACCCUUACAAACCACCCUUCCUGGACUCCAGUUGUCCGUUCAAUUGGUUGACAUACUGACAUGUGAUCAGCAUGGGUAGUUAGCUCUGACUGGUUCAAAUGCUCGUUUCUGGGACAACAAAAAAGAAAAAGCUUGUCGAAUUAAUGUGAUAAAAAAAAGGGCAAUGCAACGGAACAUUGAUCAGAUUU